CGAAAGCAGCGAUGAGCACAAGGAUGUGCUUGGUCAGUGCGCGCUAGCUUAAACUCCCCUGGACUAAAUAAGUUACUUAAAUAUUAACUUCCGGGAAAGCCUGUCGAAUAAUAAACCCACCAUAUUGUGCAAAUCCAAAAGAGGUAUGUUUAUGAAAAACUGGCUAGUUUUGGUCGUUCUUUAGAUCCCGGUGAGGUUCAAAUAGCGCUGUUGUUGUUUUGGCCUGCUACUCGUUAUCUUAGCUAAACUAGCUACAGCAUCAUCUGACUCCCGGAGGUUCCCUCUCGUUCUCUAAAGUGUUGGAAGAAAUGGCACACUUUACCAGCUAACUCGGAAAGGACGAUUUUGUCGCUAUAAAGGAAAGCUGCGUUUAUUGGCCAAGAGUCGGCGAGACGUUCUUCAGUAAUGAGACUUCCCUCUCAGUGAUUAAAAAGUAAAUAAAUAAAAGAAUGGAACUGUACUGGUACAUAGUUGUCAUCAUCUUCAUCAUCAUUAAGAUCUUCUUCUAUGUGUGCUGGUACCGGUCAAGGCAGAGGCAGCUGGCGGCAUACCUGAGCAACACACGCAAUGCCCAGAUAGUCAUAGUUGGAGGAAGGGCCUACCUUCAUCAGAUGUGUGAGAGACAGAGUCAAACAUCCGUCUGGCCUAAUUGGUACGGAGUGCAGGAUGACCUGUCCAUAGAGGAGCCUCCCACAGCCCUCCCACCAACCGCAGCCACCGCCCACCUGGACAUGCCCCCACCAUAUGAGGCAGUCUCUGGAGAGGAUGACUUGAAGCCCCCUCCCUACAGUGAGUGUGCCCAGGGGGGUGAGGCCGCCCCCCCUCCGCCCUCCAAUGAUACUCCUCUCAUUUCAGAGGGGGGAAAUGUUGUAAGCAUCAAUGAAGCCCCUCCCCCCUACACGCUGACUCCCCCCACAAGAGUCGGUCAACAAGACUGACCAGGCCACAGAGAGCGGGUCCACUUAAACAGUCGCUGAUGCCAGUUUGCCUUUUUCCAUGCACUGCCUUCCUACGUUCAACCUCAGUGAUCAUUGCCAGCCUAACUCUCGUUACGCGAGAGCAAAUGUGUGUUUGAAUAAGUGUGUGUGCGUGUUUUUGUGUUCAUUGUUUUGUUUUCGUAGAAUUAGGUUGCUUCUCCACAUUUUAGGGAAAUGUGGUCGUCUGAUGGGUCUUGCAGUACCACAGACCCUGCUUUCCAGCAGGGAUAUCCGAGAGGAGAACUUUUUUUUUUUAACAUGUGCUCUGUAUCGUACAGCUGUCCCAUGCUGGAUGUCUGUGACAGCUGUUCUGCAGAGCUAAGACUCGUUCUUUAAGCCCAGUAGGAGAAAUGGGUAGAUUUACAACAGGUUUUGAUCUCGAUAAUGCUUCAUCCUGAGACACAACAGAUCUGAACACAAAAUCCAGGCCAGAUGUGAUAGUAUAGACAAUCUCCUACUCUUUUUGGGACAUCUUUUUGUGUACAUACACAAAAUAGUACUGUCUAUGCAGUGUUUCAUCAUGGCACUCGCAGGACUAUAUGACAAUGAAUACUCAAAUAGUUUUAGCCAAUUAUCCCGUUAGCAGAAGAACGUGUGUAUAUGUGUGGGGAAUCAGGUGGUUUAAGAAAUGACACAUAUCAGGGAGAUUUGAAAAGAAGAAGUUUAUGAAAUGAUUGAAAAUGCAGUGACGAUGAAUAAGUGAUUGAUUUUUUUUUAUUUGUUGUUAGCUCCAUAAUUGUUGCAUUUAAUCGUAAAUACCACUCAGCAGACGGUGGUAACAUGAAUUUUGUCAAAAGCGUGAACUGACAACUUUGUCCGAUAAGAAAUGUGUGACAGCCCUAAAAAACUACCCAAAACGAGCUCAGAGGGAAUGCUCCCAUGUAGUUUUGAAGUAAAGGGUUGAAAUAAUUGCUGUUAUAAAAAGGUUUUCUUCAAAACCAGGUUCUUCACAAUGGUUACAAAAAGAUGAAAACAAACUCUGCUCUUUGCAUCCUCUGCCCAUCUGCCACAGGCUGGAGGAGAUGGACAAGCCGGUGGGCUUUCUCUUGCAUUGGGAACGGGUUUUAGUACGCAAUCAGCUUCUCUUUUUUUCCCCCUUCUAUUUGUGCAACUGCUUUACAAAUGAUACACAAGUAAAACCGUAAGAAGAUGUAAUCCAGUUUAGGCUUUUUUUCCCUUGUUUAAAAAGCUUUUUUUAUGAAGCAGUGCUGCGUUUCUUGGCUCAGCAGUGACGCUGCACACACGUCUGGGAAAGAGGCCUUCGUUGUCAUGACAAAGGCCUCUCAUAGCGGCUCGCUCACGCUAGUCUGCUGGAGAUUGAGUUGAUGAAUGAGGAAAACCAAAAUGUGUAGCACUUUGGAGAGAUCUGUGGAAAUUCAAACCGUCAUUUAAGGUGGCCACGAUUAUUAUUUGAGCUUAUGUGGCUGUCUUUUCCUUUUUAUAUCCAGAGCAAAGUUGUACACACAUUUAAAAUUUUGGCAUCUGAACUGCAUAAAUCUUAAAUAUUUACAGCACCAGUAACGAACAUUAUCAGCCACCUUAAAACAGUCAUUGCUAUUGGAAACGUUUUUUUAGUCUCCACUGAAUGUUGCAGGGAUUCUCUUCAGUCAAGGGCUCUCAGAAGUAAUCUGGAAUCAUCUAAUUCUAUAUAACGGUUGGUUCAUUACUGUAAAAAUUGGAAUGAGCUUGUAUCCCAGCUGCACUGUUUGGACUGUUUAUUUUCCCAUUAAUAUUUAAAGAAUUUUACCACAAACGGAUCAGGUUUCCUGGAAGGAUGCACUGCUCCACUGCUUGGCCUCCUCAUGGCUUCUUUCAUCCAAAUCUCAUGUACAUUUCUCAGCAUUGGAGAAAAAAAAGCAACAAACAAAUUGAACGCUGUUUAACUUCUUUUUACAUUUUAUGAAAACAUUCUCUCACUGAUGCCUUUGUGACAGUUUUUCUCCUUUUUUUUUGUGGUUUCACAAUCUGAUGGAUGCAACAGAGAAGCUGCGAGGUACAAAUCUGAAUGUACGUUUGACCUGACUAACGUGGCCGCAACAUGAUGAUGAUUGACUCUCUAAACCAUAGUUUUAAAGGUUUGCUCUGUAAUGUUUGUCCUGUUUGUUCACUUCUACUCAUUCCCGUGGUGGUUGACAAAUCACAUAUCUCCACGUUGUAGCUGCGUGAGUUGAGUGGAAUUGACUUGUUUUUUUCUGUUUAGUCUGUUUGUUUUGUUUGUUUAGUCUUCUUUUGCUCAGGCAGGGGAAGUAAAUUCUCUGUAAUAAAAUGUUGUUAUAUAUAAAUAUGAAUAUAUAUAUAUAUAUAAAGUGCCGAGUGUUUUUUUUGUUUGUUUUUAAGCAAGACAAAAUCCAAAUGAAUUUGACAUGAACCUACGCCGGGCCACUAGAGGGCAGCCUUCCCCAGCUGAUGGUC